CAAACCACCCAGGCAAUUCGACACGCAAAUCCGUCGCCAUGGCCAAAUCAAAGAACUCGUCUCAGCACAACCAGUCCAAGAAGAAUCACAGGAACGGGUAUGCAUCCCUCCACCUUCCAUCGAACGCGCACGACUACCGCCGAUGAUUCACAUCCGUCCGCGCUACACGGCUGGCAUACACUUGUUGGAACACGAUGACUGAUAUUUGGCCCUGCAGUAUCAAGAAGCCCAAGACACACAGAUACCCCUCGCUCAAGGGCACCGACCCCAAGUUCCGCAGGAACCAUAGGCAUGCUCUUCACGGCACCAUGCGCGCUCUGAAGGAGGUCAAGGAGGGCAAGCGCGACUCGGCAUAAAGGACGAACGAUUACGAGCGAGCGACGAGGGUGGUUUUCGGUUCCUUCAUGAGACAUCUGGUC